AUGGGUAAGGCAAAACUCAGUCCUGAGCAAACAGUUCCCCGUCUUGAGUUAUGUGCUGCGGUUCUGGCAGUGGAACUGGCAGAGUUCAUUACUUCAGAAAUUGACAUACCCUUGGAUGACACUACUUACUUUACAGAUAGUAAGGUAGUGUUGGGCUACAUAUAUAAUGAAACCCGGCGCUUCUAUGAAUAUGUCAGUAACCGUGUCCUUCGGAUUCGCAAGUCUUCACAUCCAAAUCAAUGGAAGUAUGUUCAUACAGAUGAGAACCCACCGGACAUUACAACAAGGUCCGUUUCUGCUGCUCAUCUCCAAGACACCAAUUGGCUACAUGGACCAAAUUUUCUAAAAAACAACCCCCAGAGUUUACCUGAAGAGAACACAUAUAAGCUUGUGGAUCCUUCUUUAGAUGAAGAGGUACGUCCUCAAGUCUCCACAUUGAAGACCACAAUGAUGAAUAAGAGUCUUGGAACACAACGUUUCUCCAAAUUUUCCACUUGGAAGUCUAUCACUCAUGCCAUUGCACGUCUUCUUCAUAUAUCUUGUCAGUUCCACAAAGGUUCUACAACAGAAACGUCAAGCUGCAAGGGCUGGCAUUACUGUUCCAAUGCUCCAACAGUUGAAGAACUCUUAUGUGCUGAAAGAAUUAUCGUCAAAGCAGUCCAACAGGAGACAUAUGCCCAAGAGUAUAAGGACUUGGAAACAGGAAACAAGCUCUCCAAAAGAAGCCUCCUUAAAGGCUUAGACCCAUUCAUAGACACAGACGGCCUGCUAAGAGUAGGAGGACGAUUAGCAGAAGCACAGAUUAAGCUUGAUGUAAAAAAGCCCCUUAUUAUCCCUGGGAAACAUCACAUUGCAACACUUUUAGUUAAACAUCAUCAUGAGAAAGUGCAACACCAGGGACGACAUUACACAGAGGGUGCAGUGCGUGCUGCUGGUUAUUGGAUAGUUGGCUGCAAGAGACGUGUUUGCAGUGUCAUUCAUGAAUGUGUUACAUGCCGGAGAUUACGAAGAGAACCUCAGACUCAAAAAAUGGCUGACCUUCCAGCAGAUCGUGUGUCCACUGACCCUCCAUUAACGAAUGUGGGAUUAGAUGUUUUCGGCCCAUGGGGUGUGGCGGCACGACGUACCAGAGGUGGUCUUAUUCAGAGCAAAAGGUGGGCCGUAAUAUUCACCUGCAUGAGUGUGAGAGCUGUGCAUAUUGAGCUAAUUGAAUCUUUAGAUACAUCUAGCUUCAUUAAUGCCUUGCGCCGCUUUCUUGCCAUUCGAGGGCCCGUGAAGCUCAUUCGCUCAGAUAGAGGAACAAAUAUUGUAAGUGCUUGCAAGGAGCUUAACAUUUCAUCUAAUCUCAACAAGACCUCUGUUAAAAAAUUUCUUGUGGAUCAAGGCUGUAUCUGGCAGUUUAACCCGCCUCAUGCGUCUCACAUGGGUGGGUCUUGGGAGAGGAUGAUUGGACUUGCGAGAAGGAUACUAGAUGCAAUGUUCCAACAGCUUGGACCUUCAACACUAACACAUGAGACACUCUCCACUUUAAUGGCAGAAGUUGCUCCUAUAAUCAAUGCUCGACCUCUUGUCCCAGUGUCAACUGACCCAGAUGACCCAUUCAUACUCACACCUAAUGUACUCCUAACACAAAAGGUCACAAUUGCUCCUGCCCCACCUGGAGAUUGGGUCAAAAACCUUCAUAAUCGACAGUGGAGACAGGUACAACACUUGGCACAAACUUUCUGGGAUAAAUGGAAAAAGCAGUACUUAACUCUUUUGCAACCAAAAAGAAAGUGGCCUUCUAGUAAGAUUGACCUUGAAGUAGGAAGUAUUGUGCUCUUGAAGGAUGAACAACAAAAAAGAAAUGAAUGGCCUAUGGGAGUUGUGACCCAAGUCUUCCCGAGCAAGGACAACAAAGUUCGUAAGGUGGAAGUCAAGGUGUUUAAAAAGGAAGGCCCAAAGGUAUUCCUACGGCCUAUUACUAAGACAAUCCUUCUUCUUACUCCUGACAAACUUAAUUAGAUCAAUCUAAAUGACUCGUGAGUAGUGACGUGUUAUCCACGUCAGACGGGGAGUGUGCUGGAACAAGUUUAAUGUUACAGAUUCUUUAUUUUGUGUUUAAUUUAGUAACACAUUUAAUUAUUUAAUGUCUGUAUUUAUUUAAUGUUAUCCAUGGCACUAGUUAACCUGUUCAAUCUAUUUAGGGUUUAAAGCGCCAUCUAGUGGCAAGUUGAUGUUGCAGUAAUUCUGUGAUUUCUGGUAUUUAAGUGAAUCAGGAAGUAGUGAGUGUUCCAUGUGGACAUCAGUUAAGAUGGCUCUCUUUAAUCGCCAUAUAUUUGUGUAAUUUUUAAUCCUGCAACAGCAUCACUUUUUCACUCCAUACCCAAGACCAUUAAACCUGUGGAUAAAUAAACUUCUUGUCUUCAGAGUCAUGUGAGGGAAGGGAGUUUAUCUGACUGUCAAACCAUUAAAACAUGUUGAGGACAGUACAUCCUGCUAUCUGUCACACCAGGUGCAUUGUCUUGGUUGCUUUAUCGUUACAGCAUCUAUGUGAGAACAUAAAUCAUUAAAAUUUUAACAUUAAAACAAGGUUGUCCUAACAAAAAGUAAAGCAUGAUCAAUCCAAUUAGGAACACUAAUAUUAAAAGGAAUUUAUAUUUUAUUUUACCUUUGUUAUUUAGUCCCAAUUAUUUGUUGCUAUACUCCAUUUAAAUACUUAAAGGAUUUCUUCAUCCAAUUGAAAUUUGAAUAUAUUAUUAAAUUGUGUCACCUAUGUAGUAGAACUGUGAAGUUAUUUUAGAAAUUGGUGCCUUCUAGGCUGAGAAAAGUCAGAAAAUGUGAUUUUUGGCUCAUGUGGAUGAAAAACACCAAGUCCCAGAAUGCAUUGCUUCGCUGCUCUACGAGGCCACUCCCUAGUCACGCCUACCGGUUCGAGACGGCAGGAGGGAGGGAGGGAGAUUCAACUCGGCUAAAUACAACUUUUACAGACACGUCUGCAACUAUUAAGUUGGUAUAUUAUUAUAAAUACUACCUUUUCCACAUUGAAAUGAUGAUACUUUGCUUUGUAACGGGAUGUUCAACCAAAACCGGGAAAGGACAAGCAGUAAGUUUUCAUCAUUUGCCGCGGUGUAAACAAUGGCUGCGGGCUAUCAACCACGCAAAGUUCAGAGAAGACAACGAUGCGUUAAAAUUGAAAAACCUGAGGGUUUGCAGUCUCCAUUUAAAGCUGGAAGAUAUCGAACCCAAUGUACUCGGAAUGAAGCGAAACACGCUAAAGGACACUGCAAUUCCGUCCAUAUGUACCUUCACAGACACGACGAACAGCCGGAGCCAUCUGGUAUUAAACGCAUUCGUCUACGUUAGAGGUUUCCGGAAGAAGAUGCAGAAGAAGGGGAAAAAAAGAACAAUGAAAUCCUCCUUGCAUGGACCAGGUCUGUCAUAAAUCAUAUGUGGUUUUCCUGUGCAACCAGUAAGGGGGACGUCGAGGAGAAGCACGGUUCAACCAAAUGUUCUGCAAGAAAUCCAAGCAGUGGGUCUUGAAGAAAAGCUUCAUACCACACACCACACAGUUUGUAGACGAACUCAUCCAGAAGGCCAUUGACAAGACUCAAUCCAAACAUUGUGUUCAAAGUGCCAACGUCCUCACUUGCCCUGCCACAGCCUGCGCUGCCACCCAACAUUGCACCAGUGCCUAAACCAUCAAAGGAGGCUGCCACGACUUCUUUCAAAAGUCGCUUCUGAGACUGACACUUUCUAAUAAUAAUAAUAAUCACCUCUUCCCUGAGUCCUAUUGCUGUGUCUAAUCAGAUUCUGCCACCACUCUUUAUAUUUAUAUUAUUAUAUACUGUGUGUAUAUAUAUUUUUUGCUUUGUUUUUAUUUUGUGCAGGACAUUUUUAGAUGUAAAUUAUGUCAUUGUUUAUUUUAAUGUGUUCUUUUCACUGGUGACACAAUAUUUUUCCUUUGUGAAUAAUAAAAAAUAAAUUUCUUCAUCUAACCCU